UUACCAGAUGAGAUAUGGAAGCCGCGCAUGAACCAAUCCUGGGUUGACCGAUUCAAGCGGCCCUUCCACCCGGCGUGGAUGGACUGGUGCGAGCCCUACCACUGCAACGAUUACCACAGGAUCGUCUGCGGCUUGAACAGGAAGAGCGAUAGGUUCAAAUGGUUCCAGAGCGGAUGCCAUCUGAUCUUGAACAACCUGUGCGCCCACUAUCGCGGCAGUUUGAAAUAUGACAUAGUGGAAAAUAAAUAUUGUUCUCUGUAUGUGAUGUUCCUACGAAUGGGCUGCCCGUCUGAAUGUCCCCUUAAUCUGGAGCCGGUGUGUGGCGUUAGCCUUAUCGAUAACCAUGUUGUGCUGUUCCGAAAUCGAUGCGAUUUUAAACGGAGGAACUGUGAGGGAAGCAUUUUGGAAGAGUACGAAGAAGUUGACAUUAAAAAGUGCUUGGAUCUGAUUUAA